AAUGUUGCAGAUCGUAAUGAAUGUCAAGAUGGAAGUAACAAAUGUUUGAAGAACAGUGUUUGUGUGAAUACAUUCGCAUCAUAUCGAUGUGUCUGUGAAAAUGGCUUCAAAGCUAAGCCAGGCACACAUCCACUGAGACCCACUUGUGAACGUGAGGAUGUAUGCCAGAAACUGCCGACAGUAUGUCUACCGGGGCGUUGUGAAAACACCGAUCAAGAUCCAUACUUCAGAUGCUAUUGUCCUCCAACAGCUGUAGCCAUUGGUCAAACCAAGUGUGUUCAUCCGAACUAUUGCGAUGCCACAUUCCCAUGUCCACAGUUCGCAGACUGUGUGAACAAUCAGUGCGCUUGUCGUAACGGUUACAGAUGGCAAGAAACAUCGGACUUCCCAGUUACUGUGGAAUCGCUGAGAACUCGACCACCUUGUCAAGAGAUAAAUCCAUGUGCUGAAUCGGAACCAUGCGUAUCGCCACUGAAAUGUGUCCAUACUGGACCCGGUAGACACCUGUGUGAAUGUCCGAAAGGUUUUGAGUUCAUGUCCGGUGAAUGUAUCGGUAAUAUUUCAUUGCAUUCAUUAGCUUAUUGCUUCAUUUCAACGCCUAAUAUCCUUUUGACACUUCAGAUCAUUCAAGUGAAGUAUGUGAAUGAAUGCGAACUAAAAGUUGGUGCCGCACAAUGCCCACCAAGAUCAAGAUGUAUUAAUUUACGAGGCAGUUACAAAUGCCGAUGCAACAGCGGUUUUACGGCCAGAGUUGGAAGUCCAUUGACAAAUCCGGUCUGUAUCGAUAUCAAUGAAUGUGAAUCUGGUAAGAACGAUUGUGAACUAAAGAAUGCAACCUGCGUGAAUACCGAAGGUGCUUACGAGUGUGUUUGUGGUGAUGGCUAUAAAGCACAAGCACCUGAUUACACCAAAUGUAGAGGUGCGUCGUCAGUCGGGCUCAACUCCUUCAUUCUUUNACUUCAAACUGAUCACACUCAAAAAUUCAGUCAUAAACAAUAA